CUCGCCGGUGGCUCUGCGCACACACACACUCACACUGGACUCACACGCUCCUCCACAGCCCUAGCGUUUAUUUUGAUUCUGAGUUCACAAGACGUUUUGGUGGUUUCCCUCCCAGAAGAAUUUUUUGUUGUUGUUGUUGCAAGAAUUAUAUUUUUCCCCUCAAGACUGUUCUUUGCUUGCGAGAAUUAUUCCCGGCUUCUGCCUCCCUUUUAGCAGCAGCGUUUGCCACCUCUGAAAAAAAAAACCACCCCGAGAGAUCACUAGAUAUCCGCACGGCACGCUCCUCCUGGCGACUUUGAAGGAUGCUGCUGAUUUACUGCUGCUAACGACCCUUUUGGAUUUGGGCAGCUUGUGUUUGAGACUCUCUCUCUCUCCCCUUCCUCCCUCACCUUCCUCCUCUGCAGAGGAAUCCCGUUGGGGUGAGCCCUUCUCCCCCAAAACCCCUACCCUCUUCGUGUCCCCUCCCCCGGUGAUUCCGUCGCCUUGCGAUUUGGGGGAGCCCCAUCCAUGAUGCAGGCUCGCUACUCCGUCUCCGACCCCAACGCCUUGGGAGUGGUGCCCUACUUGAGCGAGCAGAACUACUACCGGACCGCGGGGACUUACAGCAACAUGGCCAGCCCCAUGAGCGUCUAUUCGGGCCACCCUGACCAGUACGCCGCCGGCAUGGGCCGCUCCUAUGGGCCUUACCAUCACCACCAGCCGGCGGCCCCCAAGGACCUGGUGAAGCCUCCCUACAGCUACAUCGCUCUCAUCACAAUGGCCAUCCAGAACGCCCCGGACAAGAAGAUCACCCUGAAUGGGAUUUACCAGUUCAUCAUGGACCGGUUCCCCUUCUACAGGGAGAACAAGCAGGGCUGGCAGAACAGCAUCCGCCACAACCUCUCCCUCAACGAGUGCUUCGUCAAGGUGCCGCGGGACGACAAGAAGCCCGGCAAGGGCAGCUACUGGACCCUGGACCCGGACUCCUACAACAUGUUCGAGAACGGCAGUUUCCUGCGCCGCCGCCGGCGCUUCAAGAAGAAAGACGUGCCCAAGGAGAAGGAGGAGAGGCAGCCCAAGGAGCAGCCCAAGGCGCCGGGCGUCUCCAGCCCGGACAUCGCCAAGGAGGCCUCCGAGAAGAAGGUGGUCAUCAAGAGCGAGGCCUCCUCGCCAGACCUGCCGGUCAUCACCAAGGUGGAGACGCUGAGCCCGGGCAGCGGCAGCCCCAGGAGCGUGGCCUCCACCCCGUCGGUGUCCACCGAGAGCUCCCUCCCGGAGCACCACCCGGCCGGCAACGGGCUGUCGGGCUUCAGCGUGGAGAACAUCAUGACCCUGCGGACUUCUCCCCCGGGGGAGCUGAGCCCCGGGAGCGCCGCCUCCGGCCGGACAGGGGCAGGGCUGGUGGCUUCGCUGCCGCUGGGCUACCCCCAGGCGCAGCCCUCCAUCUACAGCCAGGCGUGCGGCCAGAGCAUGGACACGAGCGGAAGCUACCAAUGCAGCAUGCGGGCCAUGAGCCUGUACACCGGGGACAGGGCGGGCCACAUGUGCGUCCCCACCACGCUGGAAGAAGCCAUCUCGGAGCAUCCCAACGGCACCUCUUCGCCUCUGGCCACCAUGAACCUGGCCUCCAGCCAGGAGAGCGCGCUGACCCCCAGCCACCCGCAUCCCAGCGGCGGGCCCGGGCAGCCGGCAGCCUCCUGGUACCUCAACCACAGCAGCGAGCUCAACCACCUCUCCGGGCACACGUUCGGCUCCCAGCAGCAGACUUUUCCGACCGUCCGGGACAUGUUCAACUCUCACCGGCUGGGGAUUGAGAGCUCGACCCUCAACGAGCAUCAGGUUCCUUGCUUGAGCCAGAGUUACCAGUGGCAGAUUCUCUCUACAACGUAGGGCCUCCGGGGCGGAGAAUGGGGAUGCAGGCACAGGUGAUCUGCUAUUGUCCUUAAAUUGUCCAGAUAAUUCGGCCUUGAGCCUUUUCCUUGCGUGUCUAACGGGCACUAGGCCCUGGAUGGGGGUUCAGCCGAGAGUGGGGUUUGAAUAACCCAAUACCACUCCGGGGAUUCUCAGACUGGCAUAGUGUAGACGCAUGAUGUGCCAACAUGCGGUCCAAGCUCGCCGCACCAGAUUAUCUUAUUGCGAUCGCAUUUGUGUCAUAGCUGCUGGGAAAAAGCAGUUCCCCGUGGCAGAUACCGACCUCCUGAAGCUGCUGCGAGAGCCAGGUGCGUGUGCUUUUCCCCGAAAGGGCAGCCACUUGCCUCCGCCGCCAGUCCUUUCCCUGAGCUGGCAUUUCACACGCCUGCCGCGGCUCUCCGGAGAGUUGCCCUUUUGCUGGACAGUUCCAGAGGGACACUGGACACUGGACCGUGCAGAGGCGGCGUUCAGCCGCGUCUGCGGGCAGCAGCCUCUUGUUCGCGUUUCCAAGUUUUCAUUUUCGCUGAGGCUCGAGCUGUUUUCCAGACCCAGUUUCGAGUCCUGCUCGCCUGAUCUCGGCGAUACUAUAAAACCAAACAAAGCCCCCAAAGGAGAAUUAGUCAUAAUCAUCAAAAAGGCAUUUUAAUGAUUUUGAUUCGAUUUCCACUCAAAGUGAAUGAUCUCAGGUAGGUCAAAUGCAUCCUUGCCUCUGUCUCUUGAAGUUCCCCCUUCUCCGGGUGGUUGACUUCCUGCAAGACCCUGUCAUAUUAAACAAUAAAAUAAAAAUCCCCAGGAAAAAGAAAGCACUUAAAUGUCUCUCUCACAGGGCUCCCUGCUCCUUGUCCCCAAGCUGCAAUGACCUGGCCCUAAAAAAUGGCAGGUUUCAGCAGCUAGCUAGUUUCCUAUUAGUUGGUGGCAGCAUUUGGGGCCCAGAAAUGUGUUCCCCGUAUCAAGUUUGUGAGAUUGGACCGUCGAUCUCACACCCGAUUGCAUGCCUUGGGGCAGGGGUAGCACUCCGAGCUGUGCUCUCUUUUUAAACCUUGUUUUAUCGUGCAUAAUAUGGGCACGCUCAAUUUUGAUUCCUUAUUUGUUUUUUUUUAUUAAAAAGGGAAAACCCAUCAGAAUACUAACACCUAGCAAACACUUACAAUCAAAGCAUUCUUUCCAUUUACCAGAUUAAGACAUUCCAAAUCGGUGUAUUAUUUUCCAUAGGAGCGGACAAGAGUAACUCUGAGCUAUGCCGAAAAACACCAAGAGUUAAAUCUAUCCCUGGGCAUCUUUUGGUGCUAAGCAUGUAACAUUUUAGGUUUAAAUAAUUAUAUUUCCCCUUAUAACGAUCAGCUUUCAUCCUUAUCUCCCUUUGGAAACAGCUGUCGCGUUUUUACCUCUGCCUUUCCCUCUGCAUUGUAGUCGAAAAUCUUCAAAGAGCAAACAGACUCCAACAUCUCCUCGUAGAUUUUUUCCCGGCAAGGAGAGUUCUCCAUCACAGUCACGUUAGGGGAACCAUUCGUGAACUAUUAUUUAAAUCGGUAGACAGAGACUUUUUUUGAAAGAGAACCAGAAUUUCCCGGGAAGUCGUUUUUCUCGGUUUCUUUCCAUGUGAAAUCGUUCCCUGAUCGUUUCUAAAAGCAAUGGGCGUGUUCUCCCGAAUCUUGUCUGAAAGGCUUGCUGUAAAAGCGAAUUUAAUCACUAGUUUGUUCAGAUUUGGUGAGAUGGUUGUUUUAUUUUUUUUUGAAAGGUCGCUUCUUGCAAAAAAAAAAAGGGGGGGGGGUUAACCCGAUUUGGAUUAUUGUCCCCCAGGUGGUUUAAACCAGCCAGGGGAAUUAGAGCCGUGCUAAAAAUAACACAGUUAAAAUCUUUAAACUGUC